AUGGAAGUCUUGGCCAACAACAUGCACGCUAUGAUUUUGUACGAGUUCAAACUGGGGAAGACUGCAGCUGAAGGUCAUCGUAACUUGGUGAAGGCGUUUGGAGAGAAUUGUGUAAGCUACUCGACCUGUUCUGACUGGUUCCACAAGUUCAAGGAAGGAGAUUUCGACUUGAGCAAUCAUCAUCCUGGAAGACAUUCUGUCGUCGAUGAGCAAGUUCUCAUCCAGCUGAUGGAGACUGAUCCCAACAUGACAAGCCAUGCCUUGGCCGAGAAGUUUGGAUGUUCUUCUGACACUGUGUGCCAUCAUCUUCACAACAUUGGCAUGGUAUACGAGGGCGGUAAAUGGGUCAAGAAGUAG